AUGGUCCAGACAUCGCAGAAGAACCUCUGGGUCGCUGCGUCAGACGGCGACAUUGAGCGAGUCAGGUCCUUAAUCGCCGCCGGCGCCACCGCAAACGACCGCGACGCCCACUCCUAUACGCCCAUGCACGCCGCCGCGUCGUACGCGCACCUCCAACUCCUUGAGUACCUCGUCUCGGUUGGGGGGAAUGUCAACCUGCCCGACGAUGACGGGGACACGCCCCUGUUUACGUGCGAGUCGGUGGAUGCCGCGCGGUGGCUGGUCGAGCAUGGGGCCGAGGUUGGACACCGGAAUGCGGAGGGUGUUAGUGCUGCCGAGUCGCUCGCGGACGACCAGCCCGCCGUGGCGGCCUACCUCCGGUCACUGACUGGCGACGCUGGCCCGGAAGCCACCGACGAGGGCGUCUCGCAGCAUGCGAUGGACGCGUACGCGUCGCGCCAGACCAACGACCUGCUCGCGCAGACGCAGGCCAUCAUGGCGCAGGCCGAGCGGGACGGGAGUGACCCGGACGCGGCGUUGCGCGAGGUCGUUGGCCGUGCGGUGCGUGAGGGCUUCUCCUUUGGGGCGGGGCAGGGCGGUGGUGAGGAGGAAGGAGGAACCAAGCGAAGCAGGCAGGAGUAG